ACAUGAGAUCAGUAUGUUGCAAUGAAACUAACUGAGAGAGGUGACUGACCCCUACGGUCAACCAAGCACCACGUUGUGCUGCAAUAGUAAUUAGUUAGUAUCGCUAUCACCAUUCACCAACCCCCUCUCCUCUAUCUAUCUACAGAGUUAGGUGAGCUCAACCUCAACUCAACUUGUUGGAGUUGGUGAUAUCACAACCUCAACUACCACCUUAGCACCACUCAACUUUCGAAGUUUUGAAUGAAUAAGUAUUCAAGUUUUGCAUUGCACUUUUGAAGUUGGAAAGAAUUAGUGAGAGACGGAUAGAGAUGGGAAAAAAGAGUAUAAGGGAGUUGGGUGUGGAUGACUUUGUGAAGGCUGGCUUAUCAGCAACUGAAGCCAAUGAAUUAAAGGAGCAACUGCUUAUGUCACUGUCAGUCUCCUCCAACGAUCCUGCUGAUAUAUGGGGCGAUCUCGUCAGCCGCAGAGUCCUCAAACCAUCAUACCCUCACCCACUUCAUCAGCUUCUCUAUUAUACCAUCUAUUCUGAUCAUCAAUCAUCUUCUCCCCCUCUUUACUGGUUUCCUUCUCUAGAGCAGGCAAGACGCACAAACCUGGGCCGUCUCAUGGAAAUUCAUGGUUCUCAGAUUUUAGGAGCAUCCUCCUACAAGGAUCCUAUUACUAGUUUUCCUCUUUUUCAUAAAUUUUCUGUUCAACACCCCGAGGUGUACUGGUCUCUUGUUCUCAAGGAACUUUCUAUUUCCUUUGUUCAACCUCCAAAUUGCAUUUUAGAUACGUCUUCCGACCCAUCAAAACACGGAGGAACCUGGCUACCUGGUUCUGUCCUCAAUAUUGCUGAUUGUUGUUUGCAACCCAGCUCUCACCCUAACAAACAAGACGACAGUAUAGCCAUUGUUUGGAGGGAUGAAGGUUUUGAUGACUCUGAGGUUAAUCAUAUCACUCUCAAACAACUUCGUCAGCAAGUCAUGUUGGUGGCGAAUGCAGUAGAUGCCAAUUUCUCGAAGGGUGAUGCAAUCGCAAUUGACAUGCAAAUGACAGUCAAUGCUGUGAUUAUAUAUCUAGCCAUUGUUUUAGCAGGAUGUGUUGUGGUAUCGAUAGCUGAUAGCUUUGCACCAAAAGAAAUUGCAACUCGUCUCCGUGUUUCCAAUGCCAAGGGUAUUUUCACGCAGGAUUUCAUAUCAAGAGGUGGAAAGAAAUUCCCUUUGUACAGUCGAGUGAUUGAGGCAGCAACAUGUAAAGUUAUCGUGCUCCCUGUGAUAGGCAAUGACAUAGGAGUACAAUUAAGAGAACAUGACUUAUCAUGGAAUAGUUUUCUUUCUUCUGGCAAACAGCAUAGGUCACAUCAUUACUCUCCGUUCUAUCACUCAAUUGAUUCUGUCACUAACAUACUUUUCUCAUCUGGAACCACAGGGGAUCCGAAAGCAAUUCCUUGGACUCAACUUUCGCCCAUACGAAGUGCCGCAGAUGGAUGGGCUUGUAUUGAUAUUCAACCUGGAGAUGUCUAUUGCUGGCCUACAAAUUUAGGAUGGGUGAUGGGACCAACUCUUAUGUAUUCAUGUUUUCUUUCUGGUGCCACUCUUGCUUUGUACCAUGGAUCUCCACUUGGUCAUGGUUUUGGAAAAUUUGUUCAGGAUGCAGGUGUUACCAUUUUGGGAACAGUUCCAAGCUUAGUAAAAGCUUGGAAGAGUACAAAGUGUAUGGAGGACUUGGACUGGACAAAGAUAAAAACAUUUUGUUCGACUGGAGAAACUUCAAACGUUGAUGAUGACCUUUGGCUUUCUUCAAAAUCUUAUUACAAACCCAUAAUUGAAUGUUGUGGAGGCACUGAGCUCGCGUCUUGUUACAUCAUGGGGAGUCCACUACAGCCUCAAGCUUUUGGAGCAUUUAGCACACCAUCAAUGACAGCUGGUUUAGUCAUCCUCGAUGAAAAUGGAGUUCCUUAUCCAGAUGAUGUUCCUUGUGUUGGUGAAGUGGGCUUAUUCCCUGUAUAUAUGGGAGCAACCGAUAGAUUGCUUAACGCCGAUCAUGAGGAGGUUUACUUUAAGGGAAUGCCACUUUACAAAGGAAAGAUUCUUAGAAGACACGGAGAUAUAAUCAAAAGAACUGUAGGAGGGCAUCUCGUUGUACAAGGGAGGGCUGAUGAUACCAUGAAUCUUGGUGGCAUUAAGACAAGUUCUGUAGAAAUUGAGCGUGUCUGUGAUAGGGCCGAUGAAUGUAUCUUGGAAACAGCUGCAAUCAGUGUUGCUCCUGCAAAUAGAGGUCCAGAACAACUGGUUAUAUUUGUAGUUUUAAAGAAUGGAUAUAAUUCCGAUGCGGAAACUCUAAAGAAGAAAUUCUCCAAAGCCAUUCAGACCAACCUUAAUCCUUUAUUCAAGGUAAGCAUUGUUAAAAUUGUGCCUGUGUUUCCUAGAACAGCUUCCAACAAAAUACUAAGGAGAGUUUUGAGAGAUCAAAUGAAACAUGAGCUAUCAGUUCAUAGCAGACUUUAGUGACAUUAUUAACUCAAAGAAGAUUAAGUUCAUUUCAUGUGCAAAAUAGAUGAAGGGACAAUCACCACCGUAAACUCUCACACACAACUGCAUGGUCACAAGUUCGAGGUGAACCUGUUCAACUUAUCAAUAUUGACAUUUGACAGUUGAGUUAGGUAUUACGAACACAAUCUAUAAGCCUUAUUAGGUAGUCUAUAUAAUUGAGUAAAUUUAAUCCGUCAAAUUUAUUAAUCAUUAUUGCUUUUUUUUAUUAAUAAUAAAAAUGAUUGCUUUUUGAAAA